CACUAUUUAGAGUGUUUGAUUAGUUUUGUUUUUAUUUUUAUUUUAAAAAUUAAAUAGAUUUUAUCGUUGACGGAAGCUUGGGGGAGAUUUUCACGAUGGGGAAAGGAGGCGGAUGCGUUCCCAGCAAGAAGAAGAAGCCGUCCUCUCUCGCCACCACCACCACCGCCGGCGAUGGAAUCGACGACGACGGCGCCGCCAAUGCUCCGAUCCCAAUCGAGGACGAUCAGACGACGAACACCGCCGGAACAACGACCCCAUCGAUCACGGCGAGGACGAUCGGUCCGCCGCUCAAGAUCUUCGUCGUGUUCUACUCGAUGUACGGACACGUGGAGAGCCUGGCGAGGAGGAUGAAGAAGGGAGCGGACGGCGUGGAGGGAGUGGAGGCGAGGCUGUACAGAGUACCGGAGACGCUUUCCGCGGAGGUCGUCGAGCAGAUGAAGGCGCCGGCGAAGGAUACGGAGAUCCCGGAGAUCACGGCGGCGGAGUUGGCGGAGGCUGAUGGGUUUCUGUUCGGGUUUCCGACGAGGUACGGGUGUAUGGCGGCGCAGAUGAAGGCGUUCUUUGACUCGACGGGACAGCUGUGGAAGGAGCAGACGCUCGCCGGGAAGCCGGCUGGGUUCUUCGUGAGUACGGGGACUCAGGGAGGUGGACAAGAGACUACUGCAUGGACAGCAAUAACACAGCUGGUGCAUCACGGGAUGCUAUUCGUCCCCAUAGGCUAUACUUUUGGAGCAGGAAUGUUCAAGAUGGACUCCAUCCGUGGAGGGUCACCUUAUGGAGCUGGUGUGUUCGCUGGUGAUGGCUCAAGAGAAGCUACGGAGACAGAGUUGGCUCUUGCUGAACAUCAAGGAAACUACAUGGCUGCAAUUGUCAAGAGACUUGCACAACCUUGAGAAGAAUUACAAAAAAACAACUUUGGUGGCUUCUUUAUUUUCUUGUUUUAUUUAAUUCUAUCCAUUUUUUUCUGAGUGUUUUUGAGUUUUGCCAUUCUCGGAAGAACAUUGAACCUAUCAUAAGGUUCUUACGUCAAUGGCCGUGUGUACAUGCUUCUUAUUUUUAUUACAAUUCUCUCUUUGAUUGUUCUCCUCCACAAAUGUGAAUUCCUGUCAAAAAUAAAAAAGGUUUAUUGUGUGUUCUUUUA